UUCUUAUCCAAAGAGAGGAAUCUGUGGUGCUCAUUUCUCCUGUCCUGUGCACAAGGCAAACAGUGACUCCUAAUUUUCAUCUUAUAACUCAAACUACCAUUGUUACUCCUGUAGUUGAAAGAAAAUUUGCAAAAAGAUUUCUUUAAACACCCACACAGACAUGGAUGAGAAAUUGCAGAAUGCUGCCAUGGAAGGAGAUGUGGAAGCAUUAUUUUCAAUACUUGAAGAGGAUCCCAACGUUUUAGAGCGUAUUGAUCAAGUAUCAUUUGUGACUACUCCCUUGCAUACAGCUGCAAGGGAGGGAAAGAUCCAUUUCGCCAAGGAGAUACUAAACUUAAAGCCUUCAUUCGCUUGGAAGCGAGACCAUCUUGGGCGUAGCCCCCUCCACUUGGCUUUGGAGGGAAAACACCAGCAGAAAGAGCUUAGUCCCCGUGAUUUGGAUUUGGAAGAGAAGUACCAGGAACUUGUAACAUGGUUGAUAAAACAUGACAGUGAGGUUGUCCGUGUUAAAGCAAAGGGGAUGGUUACUCCUCUGCACUAUGCAGCUCAACUAGACGAUGAAUCCAGUGUGGCCGACUUUUUGUAUGUUUGUCCAUUAUCAAUCGAAGACUUGACUGUUAAAUCUGAAACUGUUGUACAUGUGGCUGUAAAAAAGGGGAGUUUGAAAGCCUUUAAAGUCUUGUUAGGAUGGCUUCGACGCUUCAACAAAGAGGAGAUCCUGAAGUGGAAGGACGAGGAAGGAAACAAUCCAUUGCAUACUGCAGUGUCUGCAGAUCAACCUGAGAUGGUGAAGCUGUUGAUUGAAUAUCUGAAAGUGAAUAUAAAGAACAGUAAAGGUUUGACAGCUUUGGACAUCUUCUACCUUCGCCAAUGUCAAGGUUUGGUAGAUGCAGCUGUUGGUAACAUUCUACUUGCUGCUAAAGCUGAAACUGCAUCUCAACUCCAUCUUCCGUCUUUAAGAGAUUCGAAAAAAACUUUACUAGCCGAGUACUUUUCUGGUGGCUUAACGUGUUCAGAAAAAAUUCUGAAAGGAUUCUCGCAGGGUUACCAAAGAGUUGAUCAAGUUCCUCUUGAAGUCCGGAACGUACUGCUUGUGGUGGCUAUAUUGAUAGCCACAGCCACCUAUCAAGCAGCAUUAAGCCCCCCGGAGGAUAUUGGCAAGAUGACGGCAAUCUGCAGCCUGCAGCCAACAACACUGGUAUCAGUAACACCACCAGCACCAUCUUUAAUACAGAACAACAUGCUGCAGGGAAGAUGAUUCGGCAGUCUUUCCGACAAUUUUCAUUUUUUACAUUUAAUUCUUUGGCCUUUUUUACGUCUUUGCGCAUUAUUUCCAUUCUUGUAGCUGACCUCCCAUUGUUCAAUUUCAGUUUCCUUAUGACAAAUUGGAUGGAAGCUUCUUAUUUGUUUUCUAUUCUUGAAACUAUAGGCGACAGCGCAGCCUUGUUUCUCUUUUUUCUGUUUGUAUGUUGGCAGGCAACAUAUUGGAUCCCAGUUUUCUUAACUGGCCAACAUUCGGAGCUCACACGGCAUGGCCGCCGGAAGAACCUGCGUUUGGGAAGCUUUGAACAACCGAAGAUGGGAAAUCAGCUGUAAAUAGUAAUAGUGAAUUUAUGUUUUGUAAUUGCUUGUAAUGUUACAACAACUCUCUGAAUAUAUUUGAUGAACUUAUCUCUUUCACCAUUCAAA